AUGCCAUUCCUGGAUUCCCAGCCCAAGAUUAUCAUAGCCGGAGCGGGCAUCGGUGGCCUGACAACGGCACUGUCCCUCCACGCCGCCGGGUUCACGAACAUCCACCUCUUCGAGGCCUCGUCACAACUCACCACGCUCGGUGUCGGGAUCAACGUCCAGCCUUCGGCUGUGCUCAUUCUCCGCAAUCUCGGCUUGCUCGAGGCCCUCGAGAAAACUGGCAUCAAGACCCAGGAGUUGAACUUCUACAACCGCCACGGGCACCCGAUCCUCAGCGAACCGAGGGGCAUCAAAGCUGGCUAUGCAGUUCCGCAACUGAGCAUCCACCGCGGCGAGUGCCAGAUGCUCCUCCUGAGCGCCGUCAAGGAGCGGCUGGGGGAGGACGCGAUCAGCCUGGACCACGCUCUAACGGGCUUCUCCCAAGACUCGAAGAGCAUCACGGCCGAGUUCUCGCGACGCCGGGACGGCGCGCCGGCGGAGCAGUCCAGCGUGACGGGCGACAUUCUCAUCGCCGCUGACGGGAUCAACUCGACCGCGCGGCGGAUCCUAUACCCGGACGAGGGCCCCCCGCGCUUCUCCGGCCGCAUGCUCUGGCGCGGAUGCCUCGAGCGCGCGCCGUACCUCACCGGCGCGUCCAUGGUGUGGGCCGGCCACGCCGACCAGAAGUUCAUCGCGUACCCGAUCAGCCAGCGGUCGGCGGACGGCGGCAAGAGCCUUGUCAACUGGAUCGCCGAGCUGCGCAUCCGGGACAAGGACGACGAGGACCUGACGCCCCCGCGGACGGACUGGUCCAAGGCGGUCGACAAGUCCGUGUUCGAAAGCCGGUUCCACGGGUGGCGGUGCGGCGGUCUCGACGUUAAGGACCUCGUCGACAAGACGGACAAGGUGUUUGAGUUCCCGAUGAGCGACCGGGAUCCGGUCGAGCGUUGGAGUUUCGGGCGGCUCACGCUCCUCGGCGACGCCGCGCACGCCAUGUACCCGAUCGGCUCCAACGGCGCGUCGCAAGCCAUCAUCGACGCGGAGACGCUGGUUAGGCUGCUCAGUGAGAGCCCGGACGACGUGGAAGGGGUGCUGAAGGCGUACGAGGCCGAGAGGUUGCCGGCCACGGCCAAGAUCAUCUUCGCUAACAGGGGGAACGGGCCGGAUCACGUGUUGCAGGUGUGUGAGGAGAGGGCGCCGGACGGCUUCCGGAACGUGUACGACGUCGUUCCGAAGGACGAGCUCGAGGACAUCGGCAGGGUGUACAAGAGGGUGGCCGGGUUCGAGAUGGAGAGCGUGAACGCCAAGGCCAAGGAGACGGAGGGUGCCAGCGAGAGACUGCGGCUGGAAAGCCCAAAGGACUGGAUUUGA